AGUUAGAAAUUUUGUUUUUACAUCAUUCGUUUACGCUUGCACGCGUAUUUGCCGCGCUUGAUUUUAAGAAUUAAUAUGAUUGUAGAAUAGUGUCAUCUGUUCGACACGUGCUCGCAUGGUUUUGAAAAUGGAUUUAAAUCCCCGCCGGCCGUUGUGUGUGAUUCUAGUAUGGCUGUGUGCCUUAUGCCUGGCCCAGGACAGUUACUACUUCCAUCCGCACCCUCAAGACCAAGAUGUUCGGAAGGGCCAGAGUGCCGUUUUGGAGUGUGGCGUGUCGAACAGCCGUCAUGUGGCCUUCUACUGGACAUUAGACGGCGAUCCUGUAGCCAACACCACCAGGCGAUACCAGGAAGGUAGCAACCUGCACAUUACCAGGGUAGAUCCAGCCAAAGAUUCUGGAGAAUUCAAAUGCAUUGCCACCAAUGUUACAACUGGAAUCUCGUUGGCAAGUCAAGGUGCACAACUGAACAUUCUCUGGAUUGGUGACCAAGCUCGUGUCCAAUUGCAGAGCCCCGAUUCUUCGGGUGAACUGUCUGAAGGCGGUGAAAUGAUCUUGCGUUGCAAAGUCGAGGGCAGCUCCGAGGUGAGAUUCGAAUGGUUCCACAAUGGUUUGCGCAUGUUCCGAAACGAGAGGGUGUCCUUUCGCAACAAGAGACUGCAAGUUGCCAACCUCAACCCUGCUGACAACGGCAUCUAUUCCUGCAGGGCUGUCAGUGAUGUUGGUGUGAUCGAUAGCGGCGACAAUUUUGCCCUCGUCCUGAAGAGUGAAACUACUGCUCGGAUCAAAGUGCUUCCUAAAGAUAUCAUUACAACAAAAAACGGAACCGCAGUAUUUGACUGUGUGUUUGAAAACGCUGCAGCAUUUGAAUGGUACACCCAGACGAAUGAUGUUCCUUUGGCAAAUAAUUCCAGAUUCACCAUUCAUCCAAAUGGCUCGUUGAGCAUUUCUGGCAUAUUGAGCAGUGAUGAAGGAAUUUAUAAAUGUGUAGGAAUAAGUGAAAUCAGUAAAGAAGCACCACAACAAACUUAUGCUGCAAGACUUAAGUUAGCUUAUAUUGACGAAUUUGGAGAUAACCCAUUCGAACCUCCUAUUGGCCAUGAUGAACUGAAAGUAGUUGCCCUGGGAAGCCAAUUCGAAGUAACUUGUGUGAAGCCUGGAGGUCGUCCGAAGGUCCGGAUCUGGUGGGAAGAUCCUUCCGGUCAUGUGAUCAGUGACACAGGCCGUAUCAGAGUCGAUGACACUCAACUUAUUCUAGAUGGAGCCAAGAAGUCUGAUACAGGCAAUUAUACUUGUGUGGCUGAGAAUAUUGCUGGCCAGGAAAGGACGUCUUUGUACUUUUAUGUUGCUGCUGCACCUACUAUAACACUGCAGCCAGCUAGUAUCCUUUCUGAAGAGGGGGAGGCAGCUGUUUUCACCUGUGAAUUCACUGGAAGUCCUUAUCCUGUGACUUCAGUGAGGUGGCUUAGGAAUGACAAACUUCUAAAAGAUUUGGCAAGUCACUCUACUGUAUUUCCACACAAUGGCACCAUGGUGAUUCACAAGGUCGCAAUGUCUGAUUCUGGUGAAUAUGCUUGUGAGGUUGUCACAAAUGGGUUUCCUCCUGUGAAAUCUGAGAGUGCCACUUUAUUUGUUAAAGAACAAUUGAAAUUCGUUCCACCCCCUGUCAGCAAGAGACUUGAACUAGGCUCUGAUACCAAAAUUUACUGCAAAGCAAGAGGAGCUUCAAAGCCUGUUGUCAGAUGGAUCAAAGUCGGUCACCCGUUCUUCGAUUGGCCAGCUCACAUUACAGAUGACAAUGGUACUCUUUACUUCAAAGGCGUGACCAAUGAAGAUGCUGGAAAAUAUACUUGCAUAGCAACUAGUUCUCAAGGGAUCAUUAAUACUACAAUAAAUGUGGAUGUUGUCGUAAUGCCAAAAUUUAAAGUGACUCCAGUGGAUACACAAGCAUAUGAAGGCUAUCCCACCAUGCUGCAUUGCAGAGCCAUGGGGGAUCCGAUGCCAACAAUUCAGUGGGACAAGAACAGUGUCUUGAACAAUUUUGACCAGAAACGAUUUCAUGUGAUGGAAAAUGGAAGUUUGUAUGUGUCGGAAGUUCAUAUGGAAGAUGAAGGGAAAUAUGGAUGCACUGCUGGAAACAGUGGUGGCUUUAAAAGGGCAGAAGUGAACUUGAAUGUGAAAAGUGCUGAGCAUUAUAGUGUAAAUAGUGCUGGACAAGGUUUCAUGAAUGAUGGUGAAAACAAUAUGACUAAAACUGUUGCAAUAACUCUAGGAGCUGCUGCUAUGUACAUGUUUCUAGUCAUUGGACUCAUGGUUUUUUGUCGCAUGAGAAGAGCAAGAAAAAAAGCUAGAUUGUUAGCUGAAGCUACUGCUGAGGUAGCUAAAAGUGAAAAUGGAACAUUGCCUCAAGAUACUGAAUUGAACCCAAUGGUUUCUAAAUCUCUGAAAGAUGGCAGCACCACGAGAAGUGAUGGCGAAGCUCCUUCUCAUAGCUCUGGAUCGCAUUACUCAAAAAGGAGUCGCACUUCAUAUGAUAAAACCCAUUUCCCUAGGCAUGAACUGCAGACCAUGAUGCUAUUAGGUCAUGGAGAAUACGGAGAAGUAUUCUUAGCCAAAGCAAAAGGCAUACUUGACACAGACAAUGAAGUUAUUGUGAUGGUGAAAGCUCUUCAAACUAGAGAUGAAAAUGCUCAUUUUGAAUACAAGAGGGAAAUGGACAUGCUCAACAAAUUGAGACAUGAAAAUGUAGCAAAACUUUUGGGAAUAUGUAGAGAAGCAGAGCCCUUUUUGUUUAUUACAGAAUAUAGCGAUUGGGGUGAUUUGAAGCAAUUUUUGUUAGCAACUCGUCGUGAAAAUCCAAGGAAAGGACCAAAACCACCACCAUUGAAUGUACCUCAAAUUUUAGGUAUUUGCCACCAAGUAGCCAUAGGCAUGGAACACCUCUCGAAUCAAAGGUUCACCCACAAAGACUUAGCCACCAGAAACUGCCUUGUCACUUCCCGUCUCAAUAUAAAAAUAAGCUUCCCGAGCCUAUCAAGGGACACUUAUGCCGAAGAAUAUUACACCUACAGGAAUCGGACAGUGCCACUAAGAUGGGCGCCGUCUGAAGCAGUACUCGAAGAUGAGUGGUCGACGAAGAGUGACGUGUGGGCAUAUGCCGUUCUGGUUUGGGAACUGUUUAUGCAGGCAGACCUGCCUUUUUCAGAACAUUCGGAUGAAGCAGUUUUGAGGCUGCUGAGCAGUGGUGAGCUUAGGUGGCGACCUCCAAAUGGAGCGCCGACAACUCUAAAUGCUGUGCUUCAGACUUGCUGGAGCUCUUGUGCCAGAGACCGUCCCACCUUCUCUGAUGUUGUCAUCAAAAUAGGACAAGUCACUGUAGAUAGCCAUUUGUAA